AUGCCACUCCACUUACUAGGCAAGAAAUCAUGGAACGUCUACAGACCGGAAAAUAUUGCCCGCGUCAAGCGCGAUGAGGCUCAGGCCAAAGCCCGAGAAGAAGAGGAUGAGCGGCGCAUGCAAGAAGUUGAUGCCGAGCGCCGGAUCAAAAUACUGCGAGGAGAACGUCCACCCACGCCUCCUCCUCCUCCUCCAGCACAAUCGUCCAACGAUGCCUCUGCGCGACCGGAGAGAAAAAACACCGACUAUUAUGGACGGUAUCGCAAAAGGCGGCGGCUUUCGGGGGAGGAUGAUACAGACAGAGAUAUUCGAAUGGCUAGAGAGGAUGCAGAACAAGCAGUAUCCAAGAGAGAAGAACUUACCCGCUCGUCUCGGCCGGAUUCGGAGGCGCCUCUCGUUGAUAGCAAAGGUCAUAUAAACCUUUUCCCUGAGAGUAAAGGCAAAACCUCAAAAAACGCCGAGGCCGAAGCCGAGGCAAAAAAGAUGGAACGGAGCUACGAAGAUCAAUACACCAUGCGAUUUUCGAACGCUGAGGGGUUCAAGGAACACACAGGUCGCCAGCCAUGGUACUCAUCCGGUGCGCAAGCCUUAGCAGCACCGAAUGCAAUGCCAGAUAAAAACGUAUGGGGCAACGAAGAUCCAAGGCGCCAGGACCGAGAACAAGCUCGAAUGCUUGCGAAGGACCCUCUAGCCGCCAUGAAAAGAGGUGUACGGCAGUUGAAGGCUACCCAAGAGGAACGGAAGCGGCUGAACGAAGAGAAACAAAAAGAGCUAGAGGCCCUGAAAUAUGAAGAACGCCAUGGCUCACAGCACCACCGAUAUCACCGGCAAAAGCGCUCACGGUCCCGGGACAUCAAAACCCCCACGAGAGUUCUCAACGGCGUCACCGACACUACCACCGAGAUCGAAGUAGGGAUCGAAGCCGGGAAUGUAACCGAGAUCACUCACAUAGACGUUGCCGACAUUCCUCUGACCGGUCUCAUCGCCACAGUCAUCAUGAUGGCGAUCGAAGCAGCAGAAAUUCGCAUAGGUCAGUAUCAGGAAGAAAUUCAGAGAGGCGGUAAUCACUCUCCUUACUCUGUGGUCAUGAGAUUAUGA